GCGACAAACAAACUCGCAUUGCUGAACAAGAUUUCAUGUGCAAUUUUCGGGAAUGUGUAUAACCCGCAGAACAUCCAACGGCGACUCAUCGGACCUACUAUCAAUUCAUACUAUCCAAACGUGAAGCAGAUCAAGUUGCGCGAGAUCACGAGGAUGAAGACACGCCUCGAAGAUCUUGCAGAGCGCAAGAAGCGUGGUCAAGGUCGUCGCUCCACUCUCAAGAAAAAAUAAUUUGAGCGAUAGUUGCAUAAACAAACACAUUAUAUCAACAUUGUUAAAUCAGCACUUCCGAGAACUAUGCCCAUGUAAAUUAUUAAAAAUCAUCUCUUCCAAUUCUGUUC